AUGAACCUCACAACUCGCUCACAGUUGAAGUCGCAAUCGCAGACCGCGAGCCCAAAGCCGACGAUCCCAAGAAGCCAGAAAGCUUCGCCACGACCGUCAAGUGCAAACCGCAAAAAGUCCUCCGAGAUAGCGGAGAAUAAAGCCAAAAGGGUCCGCACGGGUUGUUUGACCUGUCGCGAAAGGCACUUGAAGUGCGAUGAGGCUUUGGGAAGAUGCCUGAACUGUAGAAAGUCAGAUCGAAUCUGCAGACGUGGUGUGCGCUUGAAUUUUAUCGAUAUUCAAACUGUUGCGCCUCCCCAUAUCAUUGACCGAGUUCAUGGUGCGAAAGUAACAUUCCGUGAUGACUCGCGAAUCAUCGCGUCCGAGUAUGUUGGAGGCUUUGAAAGAUAUCCACCAGUUCAACCCGAGAGUCCGGUCCAGGAAAGGAGACACUUGCAGCAAGAAGUUUUUCAAUCUUUGGGACCUGAUCAACUAGCGAGCCUCUUUCAAUCAGUCGCUCACUCGUUUGACCCGAAUACGUUUGACUUUUCACACUCCGCAGCAGCGGAUUUUCUACUUGGACCUGAUGCUUGGCAUGAACCUCAUCUUAUGCCCGGCGAUGAGCUACUCCCUCAUGGGACAUCGGACUUUGCACGGAAAUUGGCCACGAAGCAGUACAGCUCUUCCACGUUGACCGACCCCGAGCAGGUCCACCUCUUGCAGGUCUAUGUUGAAGAGGUUGGGCCUUGGAUUGAUUCAAUGGAUCCAAUGAGACAUUUCACACAAAUUUUGCCAUUCCACGCCAUUGACGAGCCCAUGUUACUCAAGGCCUUUUUAGCAUGUGGCGCUCGGCAACUCUUCCUCUCUAAUUCUUCCUAUGGGGAAGAGAAAGCCUCCCAUUACUACGAGGCAGCCACUCAAGAUUUAAUGGGCGCCAUUCAAGAUCCAAAUCGUGAUUCGGUUCUUUGUGCAGCAGCUUCACUUGCCUUGAGCGUUUUUGAGGCACUGUCUCCACAGCAUGCCCCCCAGACAAACCACAUUGUGGGAUCAAGAGCAUUGGUUCAUGAGUGUGGGUGGACGUCCAAGACCCCUGGGAUCGGCGGAGCAUGUUUCUGGAUCAGUGUAGGCAUGGAGCUGUUGAGUUGUCUACACCAUGGAUGGACCCUAUCAUGGAAUCCAGAUAUCUGGGGAGUCGAUAUGGAUUUAGACCAUAUACACCCUUUUGGCAGAGGAGAAGAUUUGUGGUUCCACCGCAUCCUUUACAUCUGUGCGAAGAUCGCAAAUUUUCGAGUCAGCAUACAACACCUGUCUGCUUCGAACAAUUUACAGGCAAACACCUCUCAAUUCCACGAUUUAGUACAAGAAUGGAAUCACUACAGUGCUUGGUGUGAUCGAUGGGACAAAUCCGUUCCACGAUCAAUGAAGCCUCUUGGCUAUGUACAACCCUGGCAAAGUGGCUCUCAGUCCUAUUUUCCAAAAAUAUGGUUACCCAAGCGCACGGCAACCCUCUCUGAGCUUUUCUACCAUACGGCUCGUAUAUUGCUAGCUAAAACUCAUCCUAUGAAGUCCGAUCUUCAAAUGGAAAUGAAGGAGAUUCAAAAAGUCCAUGCUCACGACAUAUGCGGCCUUCUUGCAAACACCAAGGAUCGCAGCAUUCCAAGCGUAUCAAUACGCUGUUUCGCAAUUGCAGCAGAAUGCCUGGAGACCCGAGAAACCCAGGAAGAGGCUCUUCGCAUUCUUGAUACCAUCUCCACUGACAGAGCGUGGUUCGCUGAGCCCAUAAAGGCGGAGCUGAAACAAAGCUGGGCGUGGCCUGCCCCCCAUCCAGAGACCAUGAACCCAACCCAGAUGCACAAUCAGUCUUACACCCUCGACCCAGCUUUGUCGAUCACGAAUGCAUUUGAAUUCCCCGCGGGCGUCUCAAACCCUCUUUCUAAUACAGGCGAUUUUUCAAUGGAGAAUCACCCCUACCAAGAGUACUAUGUUGCCCCUCGCCAUGAGAUCGACCAUUAUAAUUACGAUUCUUAUCUGAUUUGA